AUAAAAUAUAAAAUGAUGAUACUUCGAUAUUUCCCUCUCUUUUUUUUUACCAAAACCUCAAAAAAGGUGGAGGAUGUAAUUAACCGGUUCCGACAUGAUCGACGAUAAGCAAUAGACAAAGCAGUUGGGAAGUGCCAGCCAAAGUUCCAAACGUUAGUUGUUCAGGGUAGUUAACCGGCUUGAACAAAAUGAAAGAGAAACUAAAACUGUUUUGGCUUCUACCGCCCACGAAUUGUUGGUGGCGGAUUCUCCAAUCUUAAAUCAAACCAGCAAACAAGACUCGUUCUUUGUUAAGUCCUUCUCUGCCUCUGAUAACCCAAAGUUGAACUAGUUUUUAAAUCACUCAAGCUUUACACAGAGGAGAAGGAGAGAGACAUGGCAGGCAUUGCUGGUGCAGCUUGUUCUUCUAAUGUACUCUUUGGAAGCAGAGAAGUAGGGAGCGAUGGAGCUUCUCUGACACAGUACAGGGGGCUUAGACCAGUUGAAAACAUGCAACUGGCUCCAACUGGGAGUAAGCCAAGUGGGUCCAUUUCUACUUCACCUUCAAAAUCAAGAACAAUUAGAGCAAUGGUAUCUCAAACUGUUUCAGCUCCCAAGCGUGAAAAAGAUCCCAAAAAACGAGUUGUCAUUACUGGAAUGGGACUAGUCUCAGUUUUUGGUUGUGGCAUCGAUACAUUCUAUGACAAGCUCCUGGAAGGAGAGAGUGGGAUCAGCCUAAUUGAUAGGUUUGACGCUUCGAGUUUCUCUGUUCGUUUCGCUGGUCAGAUUCGUGAUUUUUCUUCCAAAGGAUACAUUGAUGGUAAAAAUGAUCGCCGUCUUGAUGAUUGCUGGAGGUACUGUCUGGUUGCUGGCAAGAGGGCCCUUGAAGAUGCCAACCUUGGCUCUGAAGUGCUUGAAAAUAUGGACAGUACAAGAAUUGGAGUGCUGGUGGGAACAGGCAUGGGAGGCUUAACCGCUUUUAGCAAUGGAGUUGAAUCUCUUGUCCAGAAGGGAUAUAAGAAAAUGUCUCCAUUCUUCAUUCCUUAUUCCAUCACCAACAUGGGUUCAGCAUUGUUAGCUAUAGAAACAGGAUUAAUGGGCCCUAAUUACUCCAUCUCAACUGCUUGCGCGACUGCAAAUUACUGCUUCUACUCGGCUGCUAAUCACAUUAGAAGAGGUGAAGCAGAUAUCAUGGUAGCUGGGGGAACAGAGGCUUCAGUCAUUCCUGCUGGUGUUGGUGGUUUUAUAGCUUGCAGAGCACUGUCUCAAAGAAAUGAAGACCCUAAGAAAGCUUCAAGGCCUUGGGACAAGGAUCGUGAUGGUUUUGUCAUGGGUGAAGGCUCUGGAGUGCUGAUAAUGGAGAGCUUAGAACAUGCAAUGAAAAGAGGAGCUAAUAUAAUAGCAGAAUAUUUAGGAGGUGCUGUGACUUGUGAUGCUCAUCACAUGACAGAUCCCCGUUCAGAUGGCCUCGGAGUUUCAACUUGCAUAGCCAAAAGUUUGGAAGAUGCCGGAGUUUCCCCUGAGGAGGUGAACUAUGUUAAUGCUCAUGCAACAUCAACACUAGCAGGGGAUUUGGCUGAGGUUAAUGCAAUCAAGAAAGUCUUUAAGAACACUUCUGAGAUCAAGAUGAAUGGGACUAAGUCAAUGAUUGGACAUGGUCUUGGUGCUGCUGGUGCAUUAGAAGCCAUAGCAACUAUAAAAGCAAUCAACACUGGAUGGCUUCACCCAACUAUCAAUCAAGAUGUAUGUACCAUCAUCCUAAUUUCUCUUACUCGUGUCAUGCUCCACAUUAGUUUACUCCAAUAUUUCCUAAUGCUUUAUUACUCAACUCUGCAGAAUAUUGAGCUUGAUGUUACAAUUGACACUGUUCCGAAUGUGAAGAAGCAACAUGAAGUUAAUGUUGGUAUCUCAAAUUCAUUUGGCUUUGGAGGACACAAUUCUGUUGUCGUUUUCGCUCCCUUCACAGCCUAAUUGAAUAAAACUCAAGCCAAGCAGUUUUUCUCUCCCACCCUUGGGAAAUUUAUAAGUUUUCAGUGUUGAAAUUGCCUAUAUGGAUAUUGGGAACAUCUCUGAUUUUUUCAACGAUGAGUACUGAAUAUAAAGUAGCUCUUUUGAUCAUUCCAUUUGCUCUAAUAACUAUGUAUCAUGAGAAGAGAUUCUGUAUUUUGUAAGUCAAUAAUAAAACAUUCUUGUUGUCUUCU